AUGUGUCCGUGUUUCUCCUCCUCUCCUUCGAUUACCCAGCUUGCUCUUGCUCUUUCAAUGGCCUCCUCUUCGUUCUAUGGCCUCCUCUUUCUACGGCCUCCUCUUCGUGCUAUGAUUCAAAACCUCUCUCUCGCUAAAGUGUUACCGGAUGCGACUUGCGAGAUGCUUCACAAGCAUGAAUCGAAAGACAGGAGAAAUCUUCGAGCUCUGGUUAGAAGGACGAGCGAACCCAUGUUUAUUAGAUGCAUCAAGGGAAUGGCAGAGAAGCGGCCAAGGGAAGAGAAGAAGAAGAUUGAUAAGGAAAAGCAGAAGCGGAGUAGACCGGAAUGUUGA